CACGCAAGUAGACGCAGAGCCAGCGAAAACCACACAUAAACAACAAAUAAAGGGUGAAAAGAGUGCGAGUUGGAUUUUUACGCGUUUUUUCGUAACAUUUUGUGAUUUUGUGAGUGAGAGUGGUGUUUUUAAGCCAUCACACUGGCGGCCUUUCUGGAUACGCCUGCCAUUUCACCCCUGACUUUAAGGGCCGGGCUGGCUCAUGUGCCCCUGGGCUCUAACUCUAGCUACUUGCAACAUUCUACACACAAUAUAGGUCGCUGCGAGCCUACAGCAGGUAUGCUUAUACCUUGCGCGGGUUGCGAAAAACCGAUCCUGGACAAAUUCCUGCUGAACGUCCUGGAACGGACGUGGCACGCCAACUGCGUACGCUGUUUCGACUGCCAAGCCUCCCUGACGGAAAAGUGCUUCAGUCGGGAAGGAAAACUGUUUUGUCGAAGUGAUUUUUUCAGGAGAUACGGUACAAAGUGCGGCGGCUGUGGACAGGGCAUAUCACCGAGUGACUUAGUGCGAAAAGCGCGGGACAAAGUGUUUCAUUUGAAUUGUUUCACGUGUUUAGUUUGUCGAAAGCAACUGUCGACUGGCGAAGAACUGUAUGUUUUAGAUGAUAACAAAUUUAUUUGCAAAGACGAUUAUCUGAGUGGCAACAAGACGGCGGCGACGUUACCGCAUCACCAAGAGUCUAUAAUGGGUUCUGCAUCGGAAGAUGAGGAAGAUGACGACAACAGCACGGCCUCCUCUGUUUUGAAGCAUCACACGAUACACAGUACGGUACCGGCUCCAGGAGAGACGAACAACAACUCCUUGGCCCACUCCGAUAUAUCCUCUUCGAUAGGGCAGGAUUCGAAGACGGGUCAGGACGAUUCCGAAGAUCAAAAUUCCCUGGACGGGGACCCUGAAACGAGAGAUUCGCAGACGGAAAACAAAAGUCCCGACGACAGUAGCGCGGGUUCGAAACGCAGAGGGCCAAGGACGACGAUUAAGGCAAAACAGUUGGAAAUACUGAAAACGGCCUUCUCCCAAACUCCCAAGCCCACUAGGCAUAUAAGAGAGCAACUGGCGAAAGAGACUGGGUUGCCAAUGAGGGUUAUACAGGUGUGGUUUCAAAACAAAAGGUCGAAAGAGAGGCGAUUGAAACAGCUGACUUCGAUGGGCCGAGGACCAUUCUUCGGCGGGUCGAGAAAAAUGCGGGGUUUCGCCAUGAAUUUAUCACCUGGCAUGGAAGAGGGACCAGGUUUUCCGUACUUUGCUGCCGAUGGUAAAUUCGAGUUCGGUUACGGAGGCCCACCGUUCCACCCACACGACGGCCCAUUUUUCCCCGGACAUCCAGGAGGCGGACCGGGGGGACCCAUGCCUUUUGGACAAGGAGGCGGACCUAUGGACCACCCAAUGCCGAUGGGGGGAGACUUCGGGGGCAUACCGGGAGAACAAGGUCAAUUCAUGCCCCAGCAGCCCGGACCCGAUCAGAUGAUGCCGGGGGGGCGAGGGGGCAGUCCCGAAUUCAUGUCGGGGGGGAACUUCUCCGACAACCCCCAACAAAUGAACGAGGGGUUGGUUUGGUAGCUAGCAAAAGCUCUGGCCAAACGGGCUAGAGAAUAACACCCUGUAUAUAUGUAUAAGUGAUAUAUAGAGAUAUAAAUAUAUGUAUAUGGGAAGAUAUGUAAUAAUUUAAACAUAUCUCUACAUGGGGUGGACACCCUGUAUAUUCUGGUUGUGACCAAUCUGCACGUAUACAGGGUGUUUGUUUAAUGGCAAAAUAAACACCCUGUAUAUUUUCUCUCCAAAAUGUUUUUCACAAAAUUAGAUACUAUGCUGUUUUUAGUAUGUAUAUAUAUAUAAUGUGCAAUUUUUACUAUAUAUUAUUGUACAUAUUAAGGCUUACACACUGUAUAUAUAAACCUAGGUAAACCUAUUUUAUUUAUAUUUAUGUUAUUAUUAUGUUAUUUUUAAUAUUUGUUUUGCUUGAAAAAGUGCCAACUUUUUGUUUAUCAUAUUGUACUAUUUAUGAAUGUAAAAAUUAUUCCAUAAGGAUUUGUAAAUAAACCACAAAAAUUAACAUUAUGUAUGUUAUGUUUAAAACUAUAUAGUUGAAUAGCUCGCGUACAAAAAAUAACAAAAUAUUUGUACAUACAACAUAAAAUUUGCUGUAUAAAAAUGCCAUCCGAUUUAUUAUUAGUGUAUAUUGUUAAAUUUAGGUGUCUUAAAUAUAAUAAUAA